GAGAGAGACGAGAAGGUGAUGUGACGCCUGCAGAAAGCAGAUACACAAGGAUUCAGACAUUACCGAUCCUCCACCUGACGUCCCGGUGUCUUCAGCCGCUCAGCCAUCCAACGACAGGAGGACUAAGCUUCAAUUUUCAUUUUUUUAUUUUUUUUUGUUGGGAAUCUGUGUCGUCCGUGGCUGGAUGGCCAAGCCCAAAGAAAUCAGAGGGAAGAUUUUCUUCCUCUCCAUUGUUACCCUCAUCUUCAUCCUCUGUAUCGCUGUGAGAACACCCAGGACGUACAGGGCCAUCCCAGAGCCACGUGGGGCUCCGAACACUUGCCCCUUGCAGAUCUCUGGGCGGACCAUCACCCCCCUCAACAACACCAAGCACUUACUGGUGUCGGCCUACAUGGACCAGAGAGUGGAGGGCUUGGAUCUACGCAUCAUCGGCAUAUUUAAGAGAGACUCCAUCCAACCACUCCACUGUGUUUUCUGCUGUGCAGGCCAUUUAUCAAGCACAACUCCAGGAACAAUUUUACAACACUUAGACAACUUUGGCUUCCCCUACGUCACUACAGACGUCAUGUGUCAGAUUCCUCAGAACUGCAACGCUACACAUGUCAGUCUCCUGACUCAGCCAGGAAGAGUUAGUGUAUUUAACCAGACCUGGCUUCCUAUAAGAAACCAGAAAACCAAAGGGAAGAAGGAGGAAAAGUUGCAGUUUAACUUCACAGUUUGCAUCUCCAACCUGUUUGGAGACUACAACAAUGUGCUUCAGUUUGCACAGACUCUGGAGAUGUACAGACUACUGGGUGUGGACAGGGUGGUGAUCUAUAACACCAGCUGCGGCCCAGACCUCGACCGCCUGCUGCAGAGCUACAGCCAGGAGGGCUUCGUGGAGAUGGUUCCCUGGCCCAUAGACCAGCACCUGAAUCCAUCUCGUGGCUGGCUCUUCUCACAGAGCGGGGGGGACGUGCACUACUUCGGCCAGUUGACCACGCUCAAUGAGUGCAUUUACAGAUCCAUGGACCACUCACGCUACGUCCUGUUGAACGACAUCGAUGAGAUCAUAAUGCCGUACCAACACAACAACCUCAUGUCUCUGAUGGACGUGCUCCAACAUCAACAUCCAAAUACAGGAGUGUACCUCAUUGAGAACCAUAUCUUCCCCAAGAAACAUUUUGAGCCAAGUGGGAGGUUUCACCUGCCUCAGUGGAACGGGGUGCCGGGCGUAAAUAUUCUGGAGCACAUCUACAGAGAGGACCCCGACAGAAAGUCGUACCACCCACACAAGAUGAUAGUUCAGCCGAGGUUGGUGGAGUGGACUUCAGUGCAUGAAGUGCUCAAGAAUUUUGGACAACGGUUCAAAGUUCCCAUGGACCUUUGUCGGAUCAUUCAUGUCCGUGUGCCUCUGCGGGGCUCGUUGACACUGGAGCAGCUCAAUGAGGACAAGCGACUGUGGGACUUCCAAGAAAAACUGAUUCCCAGUGUGGACAAGGCGCUAAGGAGAGCUGGGCUGCUGGGCUCAGAGGGGCAGAGCUGAUGGAAGGGAUGGACAGACACGCAUGCAGAAUGGGUUGAAUGUGAAACUUGCCAGUGGAGGCUAUCUUACUACCAUUGUUUCCCAAAAUGUUGCUUUAUUUGCACUCAAGUGGCCACCAUACUGCUGGUGCCGACGCUGUGACCUACACUCUUAAAUGUUUCUCACUUAUUUAUAUAUUCUAAGAAUGCCUAACUUCUGAAAACUGUGGAUGUACAGAGUGUUAUGCGGGAAACUAGCUGGUUAUAAUUUGCAAUUACCCUCCGCCUGCUUCUUUUUAGUUGAUGGUUUGAAAUUUCAAACUCUGACACCUGCACAACCUCUCACACUCUCUGAGCACACACUCCUCAUUUAACAUUUUGGCUUAUGCAAAGUAGGUCGAUGUGGCCAGAGUCACUUGAUCCUACGUGACAGCUGAUCUACAUACCUCUUCAUUCGUGCAUGCACAUGGUAACUAGAUUUGGAGUCCUCUGCCGUGCUAUCGGCUCUGUGAGGCUGUACUUCGCCAUAGCUGUAUUGCACUCACUGAAAUUUUGAACCUAAUGGAAGGCAGGGGUUUAUCACAGUUAAUACAAUACAGGAAGACAUGAAUUAUUAAUAAAAUAAUGACUAAUAUUCCAUUCUGGACUGUCUUGGUUGAGAGCGUUCAUGGUGUGGUGUACUGACGCCAGCUAAAAAUAUAGCUGUGUACCAGGACGCAUUUUAUUUCCCUGUCCAAACCGGUCACCGGUGUAGUUAGAUCCCCUGAAUGAUACUUUUGUCUCAACUGCCUUAAUGUUUUGCAUACUUGGAGCAUGACUCCUCUUUGAUCUGAUGAGUUCUGCCCUCUACUGAACUUUUAUUAACCUAAGUCUACAGCAGGGUUUUUUUCUGCUCUUAUCUGGUGUACUGAAACCUGUGUACUUCGUUCAUUCAGCUCUUCUUAUCUGCUAAAUAUGUUUAAAAAAAAAAAAAAAAAAGGCUAUAACAUUAGUUAAUAUGAUACAUAAGUUAAUCAAAUUAAGUGGGAUUCAUGGGUAACUAGCUAACUGUAAUAAUACCUCUUUAGCUCAGGUCAGGGCAUUGCAGUAAAUGGUAACUGGAAACGUUUUCAGAAAUCAAACUUUAAUAAUAGCACAAUGUCCAUGUGAGCAACCAGUCAGACAACUCUGUUUGCAGCCAAAUAAUGGAGGAUAUCAAUGACCUCAGGGGAGAUUAGUUUUAUUCCUUUUACCUUAACAUGUUGGUAUAUUUAAAAAGCAUGUCUAAUUGUUUUUUUUUUUACCUGAUGGUUUAUACAUUGCUGGCUCAGUGUGGAAUAAACAGCUCAUCUUCCUCCUUAAGAAAAUAUUUUUUCUUGUUCAGAAUGACAUCGUGCAAACACUGAAGGGUGAAACCACCCUCUCACUUCUGUAUUGACAGGAAAGACCGGGAAGAAUAGAGGAACCUCCGUAUGUAAAAGCUGGAUAAAAGUCCUACCUCUGCAAAUACUGUGCACUGUAUGUAACUAUCCUUUGUGCUUUGUUUGUUCUGAAAAGUUUACUUACAAGAAGUGGAGUCCUUUGAUAAACUAGUUUUCCAGUAUACAUACCAUGCACACAUUAAUGAAUAAGCAUUAAUGAUAGAAUAUUACAACCUUUUUAUAAUUUUAACAGCAGAGUACUUUUACUUUUUGAUACUUUAUAUCCAUUUUGUGAUACUACUGAUACACUUUUACUGAUGUAAACAAGUAUUUCACGAGUUAAUAAUCUAAAUACUUCCUUCCUAUUCAAACUAGCAGCCAGCAGGAAAAGGGCCUCCUUUGACAGAGUUACUCUGUAGCCUUUCUGUCACUCUGCAGUUUCUGCUAAGUUGUUUCCAGGUAAUGCUGGUUAUGUUUUAAUUUAUUCUAGAUAUAACCCAAUAAGCAGGCAAGAAAGACCAGGUAAAGCAGACUUUCUCUUUUGCUCUCUGGCUCAUGUAAUAUGUCUAAGUAAAGCUGUACAUAUAAAGUAAAACAUUCCUUCAAUCAGUUUGUGCCUCUCAUGUUUUUCAAUUACAUCCAGUCACAGAACUCAAUAUUUGUUUUUCUGAAAAAGAAUCCAAACACAAGCCCUUUCGAUUAAAAAAAA